GGUCGCGCAUGCGCAACCGAGACGCGUCCUUAGAAGAAAAAUGGUUCCCCCACCCGGCUCCAAGACCCAGGAUUUGCGCAUGCGUCUUACUGCGGACUGAAGCCGAACCUCGGAGGCCCAGAACGCUUUUCUGCACAUGCGCAAGAGGCUCAAUGACAGUCGAGCGUUGGCUAAGGCUGCGGGGAAAGGGUCUGGCUAUGCUGCAUGUGACCCGGGGGGUCUGGGGAUCCAGGGUCCGAAUAUGGCCCCUGUUGCCCGCGCUCCUCGGGCACCCCCGGGCCCUGUCAUCGCUGGCGGUCAAGAUGGGGGAGUACCGCAAGAUGUGGAACCCCACAGAGCCCCGCGACUGGGCCCAGCAGUACCGCGAACGUUUCAUCCCGUUCUCCAAAGAUCAGCUGCUCCGCCUCCUGAUACAGGAGUUCCAUUCCAGUCCCACGGAGAAAGCGGCUUUGGAGGAGUUUGCGGCUCACGUGGACUUUUGCACCUUGUUCCACUACCACCACGUCCUGGCCCAGCUACAGGCCUUGUAUGACCCUAUCAAUCCUGACAGGGACACCCUUGACCAGCCUUCGCUUACCGAGCCCCAGCGUCUGGCCAAUGAGCAGGAGGUGCUUCAGGCUCUGGAGCCCCUGCUGGCCCAGGCCAACUUCUCCCAGCUCUCGGAGGACACCCUGGCCUACGCUCUGGUGGUCCAUCACCCUCAGGAUUUGGUCCAGGUGACAGUAAAUUUGGAGCAGUAUAUCUACAUGCAGUUCUGGGCCCUGGGCCAGCGAGUUGGGCAGAUGCCCCGUAAGUCCAGCGUGGGCUCCAAGCGUGGCUUCUUCAAAUCGCCCCCUGCAGAGAGGAGAUACUUCAAGCGGGUGGUGCUGGCUGCCCGCACGAAGCGGGGGCACCUGGUGCUGAAGAGCUUCAAGGACACGCCACUGGAGGGCCUGGAGCAGCUGCUGCCAGAGCUGAAGGUGCGCACGCCCACCCUGCAGCGUGCCCUGCUCAACAUCACGCUGGUCGUCUCAGGGAUGGUGUGCUUUGUCAACGUGGGCAUGGUGGUGCUCUCCGACCUCAAGAUGGCCACGUCCCUGCUGCUGCUGCUCUUCGCUGCCUUCAUGGGCCUGCGCGCCUCCAAGAUGUUCGGACAGCGCCGCAGCGUGCAGGCGCUGGAGCUGGCGCACAUGCUCUACUUCCGCAGCACAUCCAACAACUCAGAGCUGCUCAGCGCCCUGGCCCUGCGCGCGCAGGACGAGCACGCCAAGGAGGCGCUGCUGGCGCACAGCUUCCUGGCCCGGCGGCCGGGCGGGGCUCGCGGCCCGCCGGAAGAGACCUCCCAGUGGCUCCAGUCGGAGGUGGAGAACUGGCUCCUGGCCCAGUCAGGCUGUGACGUGACCUUCAAUGGAACUCGGGCCCUGGCCCACCUGCAAGCCCUGACCCCCAGCAUCGGGAUGUACCCUCCUCCAGGUUUCCCCAAACUGGAGCCGGUGGCUGCUAUCACUUCCCCCAAAGCCGCACCCAGCAGAGACAGCCCCUGACCGAAACCUCCCCACCCGGCCCCGCCCAGCCACCUGGCUGGGAACUAAGCUCCGCCUCCUCCAUUGACAAGCUGUCAAUCACGGCUGCUAGGCUUCGCUGUUCCCCAACCACCAAUUCCUCGUAGGCAAUCACUUCCGUUACCACUUCCCUUUACGCUGUUUUCUUAAACAAAGCCGCGGAUCAAGGCAGCCGGCCGUUGCUAGGCCCCCUCUUCUGAUGAACAGCCAAUCAAAGCUUUUCGGUUCUGCUUCGCUGCCAUCUCUUAGUCCCACCCCCACCAUCAACAUCUUAACGUGGUCUGGCUGAGGAGGGAACGUCAGCCAAUGACAGCUGCUCAACGCUACAAACCACCAGGCCCAGUUGUUAAACGGAGCCCUCCCGAGGCUAUAUAUCUCUGUCUUUUUAGCACGCAACGGGCAAAGUGCCCAUCCUGUUCACCAAGGCGGAGCUCCAGCCCGCGGCCAGUGAGAGCAAUUUAGCCCAGUUCUCUGGCAAACGACCAACGACAGCUGCUGGGCACUAUCAACCUAGGGCAGCCAGUUGUCCCUGCAUAGAGGUCACCAAUCAGAAUGUGUAAAGGAGACCCGAUCUUUCCAUUAGUUGCCUUUACUUAUAAGGCAGGCCAUUCAGACAACUGCCUAUCAGCUUGUCCAGGCUAGAGGAGUUGAGAGCUUUGUGCCAGGUGGAAAGCUGUGGGCCAGGAGGAGCCAGAAACCACCCUCACCCCACGGCUCCCUUCCACUCGGGCCCCAACGACACAACUCAGGUGCCUUCCCUGCCCAGGCAGGGCCCUCAUCCUUUCUACAGAAACUACCUCUGCCUGGAUCUUGCCUCCACCUCUGGCCUGUGCAAUAUUUAUUGGUCUAUCAAUUUCUACCCUGUCCCCUGCCCCAAAGGAAUAAAUCAUGUUUAAUAAGCCUG